AUGACACAAAUCACCCCUGGUGCCAUCAAACGCGUUGCCAUUAUUGGAGCCGGUCCCUCUGGUCUUGCAGCCGCAAAAUAUCUGCUCGCCGAGAACGCAUUUUCAGAGAUCAUCAUAUACGAGCAGCGAAAUUCUGUCGGUGGCGCAUGGAACUACACGCCACUGCCUCCCAAGCGGCAGUCAUCUGUCAAUGGCGAUCUGAAUGGAUCUUCCGAGCCAAAUGCUCUGGACGUCGUAACCGCUAACUUACCCAAGCUCAACACACCCAUGUAUGAAGGCCUUGAAAGCAACCUGCCGCAUAUGCUGAUGCAGUUCUCGGACACGCCAUUCCCAGAAAGGACACAGUUGUUCGCCAGGCGAGACACUGUACAGCAGUAUUUGCAGGAUUAUGCGAGCGAUAUCAUUUCCAUGAUCAGAUUCGGUCAUGAGGUCCACGAAGUGAGACCGACGGGAGGCGAUGAAUCCCAUGGAUGGGAGAUUACCACAAAGGCCACAGCUGAGAGAGAGAGCAAAGUAGAGAGGUUCGACGCGGUCGUUGCUGCGAACGGACAUUGUGAUUGGCCCUUGUUGCCUAAAGUCGAGGGUCUCGACGCUUGGUGCAAACAGUUCCCGGAUUCACUCUAUCAUUCGGUAUCAUUCAAAAACCCUAAGGCAUUCGAGAAGAAGCGUGUACUUCUCGUAGGCGGCGGCCCCUCAGGUGCAGAUAUUGGCCGACAAAUCGCUAGAGUAUGCGAGCAUCCUUUCCUCAGCGCGCAGCCGAAGAAAUCUCCUUACCAUACUGACGAACCGGAUACGCGCGACUACUCAACCCUCGUUGCACUGAUACCUGAUGAGCGCGCAGCGAAAUUCGCAGACGGAAGUGUCGAACGCAACAUCGAUGCCAUUAUCCUAUGCACUGGAUACGCCUAUUCUUUUCCGUUCCUAGCUCCAAUUGAUCCGGCCAUCAAAGAUGAAGGGAUCCGAGCACUGCCUCUUUACCAAUAUAUCUUCCACAUACAACAUCCGACUUUAGCGUUCAUAGAGACGCCGGAAAUGAUCGUCCCGUUCCCACUGGCUGAAUGCCAAGCUGCCGUCAUAGCACGGGUGUGGUCAAGUCGGCUAACCCUCCCGAAUCGACACAAAAUGCAGGAUUGGCGAGAAAGUGUUGUUCGCGAACGAGGAGCUGCUCGGGAGUUCCACGCCUUGAAACCUCCACUCGACCUGGAGUACAUGAAGGAAAUGUACGACUGGAGCAGCACGGCCACGGAGACAGCGGCGUGCGAGGGCGGUGCGGGUGGCAAAAUGCCGAAACGGUGGGAUGCGAGAGCGUGCUGGGUGCGGAUGAUGGCGGCGGAGAUGAAGAAGGCGUUCAACGCGAGAGGCGAAGAGCGAUCCAACGUCCUGACUUAUGAGGAGUUGGGGUUUCGAUUCGAUGGCGAGGGGAACGAACCCUGA